ACUAUUCUAUAGUCUAUUCUAUAGACUAUUAUAUAGCCCAUACUAUAGACUAUUAUAUUGCCCAUACUAUUUAUUUAGACUUCGGCUAUUUGUAAAUUUGUAUUAUUUUUUAAAUUUGUCUUCGAAAUUCUUGUAUUUUUUAUACUUUCUUAUAUCAGUCAUAAGGCCUAUUAAUCUUGUUUUAUUUGGAUUCAUACAACAAAUUACAAUUUUGUUAUAACAUGAUAUUUUUCACUACAUUCUAGCACUCAGCUAUAAAAUAGUUCCUUUUUUAAGCAGAGUAUGAGUAAGUAAGGAGCAAACAAAUUUUUGUUUUGUAUUUUUACCUCUAUAGUAGGAUUCGCAAAUAAUCGAUUAAGGUUUUCAGGGAAAUGUGGAGAUAUUUAAAUAUAAGUUGGUUUAUGGAAGUUUUAUAUAGAUAAUAGACAUUCAACUUUUGGUUGGUUUUAGGAGUUUGAAGGUUCUUUUUUCGUUGUGUAUUAAAAUAUUUCUAUUUUGUUAGAUUUUUUGAAUUGAAUUCCCUAAUUUGUUUAACAUUUUUAAUUUGGUAACCGAUUGUUUUAACAAAUUUUCUAAAUACUCUCUCAUAAAAUCUUUUCAUUAAAUUACACUAACCCUUAGUUAUGCUAACUACUAACUAACCUCCCUCUUUGCAGACAAACUGUUUUUGAGUUAGUACAGCAAUAACUUAGUAAUUGGUUAAAAUAAUAAUAAAUGAAACAAAAACUAAAAUAAUAAACACCCAGACAAUAAAAAACAGUUUUCUUUAGAAUUUCGCGUUUAACGGACGUGUCGCCUUAACGGAACGCUUGGUUAAAAAAAAACAACAGCAAAAUAAUAUUAAAGUCAGCUAUACCAAUAAAAUAAUAUGACUUCUUUUAGUCACAAGCUGAAUCCUCGUGCAAAUGUUUUCAUUUUAGUUAAUUUGGGUUGUGAAAUGUUAUUUGUAAUCGACCAGCGUUUGAAAGCGCAACAAAUUGCGCUUGAUAAGUCGAUACAAGUUAUUCACGAUGUCACAGCUGUUCUAUUGGAACCGAAAUUCAUUGAUUCCCUGAUAGUGGGCUCUACACAACCGAAUGCUCAGUUACUAACCGAAGAACACUGUAAAUUUAUGCUCAAAGAUAUAGCUACCUGUUCAUUAAUGCGUUUAGAUGAUGUAUCCAUGGAUAAGCUUUGGAAUCUAAUGACAAUGAUUUACAAAUGGCAGCUAUUUCAGAGCAAGCAACAAUAUCAUUUAAUGGAUAUAACGUUCAGACACUUACAGGGAAUUGGCAACUUUUAUCCCGAUGAAAAACGUUCCAUGUUAAUAGAUUUUACCAAAAAUACUCUAUUAGAUUUUUGGAAUUCAUGUACGGAUGAAGAGCAACAUGCUAUAUAUAGAACUAAUAAAGCAUGGUUGGAGGUGUUUAAUACAAAAAUUUCAUUGCUAAUAAGGUUGGGAUUUCAGGCUUUGGAUGGUACUUUUUUUGCAGAAGUGGACGCCAGCUACUACCAAGAUUUUAAGGAUUGUAUAGGGAAUAAUAUUUAUGUAAAAAGUGCCGAAAUAGCAGAACUUAAAAAGCAGCAAUUGAAUGAAACAUCGGUGGUUAGUACAGCUAAAUGUGUUAAUCAAUUGGCGGAAAUGUUAAAUUUCCCACAAACAUCAUCGGCGUCAGGGAAUUUUGUAAGCAAUUCAGAUGAUUUUAAACCCAUAAAUGUGCGAGAAUUUCAAAAGAAUUACGAACAAAAUCUACAGCAAUGUAAUAUUUUAUUUGAAGAUUUAGAUGUGAAUGGCGUCUUUAAUACUAACAAUGCCUCUUGCUCUUCGGAACAACAAUCGAAAGGUUUUGUUCAUCUAAAUCCUGUGUAUAAUAAACAAUUGGAUGUUACCACAACGACUUCUGUUACCGCAGCACCUACAACAACUACUUAUGCAGCAACAAAUGCUGCAAAAUUACCCGACAUAUCUGCUGCUGGACUUAAUAAAGAUCUAUUAGAUUUAUAUAGUAAAAUAAAUUAAGUUAUUUCAUUGUUUGUUUUUAAACAAUUCACUUUGUUUUGCAGUUGUUUUUUUCUCAGUGCAUUAUUAUCAUUAAA